UCCAGCUCAGGCAUCCGGUGAGUUAACCUCCUGGUCUGGAUGCCAUUAAAUAGGCUAGACGGCGGAGGAAGCAGCAUUUAUCUACUUUCUGGAAUUGGACCGCAUGUAAUCUGCGUGUAAGACUAAUUCUAGUGCUUUUUAUUGUGCAGCCUUUGUAAUAAAUCUGUCGGCCCUGUAGUGGCUGCUGCUGCUGCUGCCCAGCCAUAAUAAACCAAACCAGCCACAGAGCGACGUCACACGGUUGGGAAGAGGGCGUCCGCGCGACUUCACGACUCCACACGCGCUGUGGCGUGUUUACCGAGUGGGGAGAGUUUGAUCCGAGUUGCAGAGCGCGCAUGUGGACUGUCAGCCUGUCCGGCACCGAGCAGACAAUGAAGAGGAGCAGCAGAGCCGGUCUCCGUUUCCCCUCUCUGAUAUUAUAAGAUGAGAGCCUUUGCGUUGAGCCUGGUGAGUUCAGGAGGACUUCUGAAAGGAUCUUUAACAGUUUACACAGAAGAAAUGUCCACAACUGCAAGUCCAACCACCCCCUCUUCACAGCUGACAUCGGACCAACUCACAGUGGUCGCUGCGUCCUUUUCCUCUCUGGUGUUCUUUGUGAUUAUUGUGGUGCUGCUGUCCAUUAUUUACCGCAAGGAUCUCCAGUGUUGCAAACACCGCUCCUAUCAGGGGCCACAUGCAGAUAUGGAUGCUCCUCCUCAGUACUACAGCAGCAGACAGACACUGGUGGGAUCUCCUUGUCUAGAGCAGACUCAGAUGAUGGAUGACACUCAGGCAGGUCAGCUGUUCUACGUGGGCCUGCCCUCCAGCUACAGCCUCCCCACUCUGGAGGCCCCCCUGCCGAGGCUCCCCUCAUACGAGAGCGUCCGAAAGAAGGACCGCCAGAGGCAGAUCCACAUGAUGAUCGCAGACCGAUUCGGCCUCAAUGGACCCAUUGUGACUGAGCCCCCUCCAACAUAUGAAGAGAGUAUCCGUCAGUCUAUGGAGCUGCCGUACAACAUCCUCUCGUCCAGUCUGGACAUCUCGUCUCCUCCCAGCAUCUACACACACACAGUGCCGGACACUCCUCAUCCAGUCAGCUCUGACACCAGCAGCACUGUUCUACCUGUGUGA